GUUUUAUACUUUAAAAAAUAAAUUGGGGGAAAACACUCAUAAAUCAAAAUCCCCAAAUUACAAAACCCUAAUUUCUGUCAUCACUAAAUACUUCAAGCCAUUCUCUCCUAAUUAGGGUUUCAUCACCAAUAUCCAACAUGAACAAAUUAGGAAGAGGGCAUCGCGAUAAGGUUCAGCAAUUCAUUACUAUUACCGGCGCCAGUGAAAAGAGUGCUCUCCAUACCUUGAAAGCCAGUGAUUGGCAUCUGGAUGGAGCUUUUGAUAUUUUCUACAGUCAGCCUCAUGCUAAAUCAUCAUAUACAGACACGAGACAUCUAGAGGAACUUUACAAUAGAUACAAAGAUCCUUAUGCUGAUAUGAUUAUGGCUGAUGGUAUUAGUACCCUCUGCAAUGACCUUCAGGUGGAUCCUCAAGAUAUUGUUAUGCUAGUGGUUUCGUGGUACAUGAAGGCUGCUACCAUGUGUGAGUUUUCAAAGCAGGAAUUUGUUGGUGGCUUGCAGUCUCUUGGGGUAGAUUCAUUGGAGAAGUUCCGUGAAAAGAUACCAUUUAUGCGUUCAGAGCUGAAAGAUGAUCAAAAGUUCAAGGAGAUUUACAUUUUUGCAUUUGGCUGGGCAAAAGAGAAGGGUCAGAAGUCUUUGGCAUUGGAUACGGCAAUUGGGAUGUGGCAAUUGUUGUUUGAAGAAAAACAGUGGCCGUUGGUUGAUCAUUGGUGCCAGUUCUUACAGGCACGACAUAAUAAAGCUAUUUCUCGAGACACAUGGUCUCAACUACUGGAGUUUGCAAGAAGUGUAGAUCCUACACUAUCGAAUUAUGACGCUGAAGGGGCUUGGCCGUAUCUAAUCGAUGAAUUUGUCGAGUACCUAACAGAGAACGGCAUAGUUCAGAAGGGUCGUGUUCUUGAUUUACUUGGACGCAUCUAAUUGGAUGAUUUGGGCCAGAAAUUCUAGCAGUCGGGAAAAACAGGUUAAAUUAUUCGGUGACUUUCAUUUGGUCUGAUGCUAGAUUUGCUUCGACCAUUUAAGCACAUUGAUAUGUCAUUUCAAAAACAAGAUAUAUGUGUCGAACACAAAGGAAAUAGAAUCUUUUAUUGCAAUAUUGCCUAAGGGAUGGUGUGUUAUAUAUAUGUGAAUUGCACAAGUUAACUUA